AUGUGACUACCUUCCACAUCCACAUUCUUCUACAUUGCCACUUCUCUUAUAAUCUCAAUCAUCGCCCGAAAUUUCCAUUACCCAUUUGAUUUUUUUGGCUCAACCUGUGGACCCAACUCCAAAAAGUGCCCAUUUUGAGCUCAAGUAACUUUCAUCUCAAAUCUUGGCCACAUGGGUUCUCAGAAAAAAACAUCAUCAAUGGCUAAAAACACAAACCCAAGUCAAAAAACUACAUGUUAUGUGUAAUCAACAACCUUUAAGAUAAUCCCAAUUCAAAAAUCACGAAUCAAAUGGAUGGAAUCAAAUCAUGAAAAAGAUGGAUAAUAAGUAAGAAAAGGGAUGAUGUAGGGGAUGGGCUCGAGGGAGUGAUCCCAUAUGGCAGUGAUUAGAUUAUUAUAAGCUGAUGCCAAAGGAGAGGGUCACAUCUGCACGUGGUGGCUGAUUCCUCCAGUUAUUAAACUACUGCGACUUUCCAGUGAAACCGUUGAGCCCCAAUCCCUCCCAACAGCUGUAGCUAGCUGUCCUAAUCCCCCAUGUGACCCCCCCUUUCCAAAACCUCUGGGCCUUAAAAUUAAAGACACUCAAAGAGAUGAAAAUGAGUGCCUGGCUAGCCUGCAGACCGCCCUUGAGAUGAUUUCCUCCACUACUCUCCUCUUGACUUCAGAUUUGUGAAGUUUUUGUACUCUUUAGACUCAUUUCUCUGAUGGGGUUUUUGGUUUAGAAUCACUUCAAGUUUUAGUUUCAUUUUUCUGGCAAAUAGUAUGGCACAACUGCCUCCAAAAGUCCCCAACAUGACUCAGAAUUGGCCUUCUUUCCCCCACCAAAGAAUGCCAUCCAUGGCAGCUCCUGCUCUCCUCCCCGCCGCCACCGCCACCACCACCUCCCAACAUCCUUCUUGGGUGGACGAGUUUCUCGACUUCUCCUCCUCCAGGCGGGGCUCCCACCGCAGGUCUGUCAGCGACUCCAUCGCCUUCCUUGAAGCUCCGGUGCUGGUUGAGGAAGCUAGGCAUUCUCAUGCCACAAUGCUGCAUGGCGCCAACGGCUUUGACCGGUUGGAUGAUGAUCAGCUCAUGUCUAUGUUCUCCGACGACAUAUCCCUCACCGUGCCGCCCACUGUGUCGUCUUCCGGCCCGUCCACACCAUCCGAUCAGAACAGUAAUAAUGAUGAGAAAGGCGAUGAGAAAGGAGCAGCCCUUGACCAGCAGCCACCAAAGAAUGAGCCUGGAGAGGUGGAGAGCUCAUGCAAAACUGAAUUACCAUCUUUCAGGCCUUCCACCGCCUCUAACGGCGAUUCCAUCAUCGAUCCAAAGCGGGUUAAGAGAAUUUUGGCAAACCGGCAAUCAGCUCAGAGGUCAAGGGUGAGGAAGCUACAAUACAUUUCAGAGCUUGAGCGGAGCGUAACAUCUUUACAAACGGAAGUUUCAGCAUUGUCUCCGAGGGUUGCAUUUCUCGAUCAUCAACGAUUGAUUCUCAACGUGGACAAUAGCGCGCUUAAGCAAAGGAUCGCGGCGUUAGCUCAAGAUAAGAUUUUCAAAGACGCUCAUCAAGAGGCAUUGAAGAAAGAGAUAGAGAGACUGAGGCAAGUGUAUCACCAACAAAGCCUAAAAAAGAUGGGGAAUUCAGCCACCGGAGCUCCACCGCAGUCAACGACACGACCACACCAAACCACCACCACUGAUGCAGCCAUGGGGUGUACUGACAAGGUGCAGCUUCUAAACUGAGAUAGAGAGAGAAGGGCUCUGAAGUGGUGCAUUCUGCUAACCUGUUGCAUGCAUGUGAUGUGUCCCCAAUUAUCUGAUAGGGUGGGUCCAUGACAAGCUUGUGGAUUGAAGGGUAGGAUAAGGACACGUGGACUGAUGGUAUAGGGAAAUGAGGAUAUUCAACAGUAGCGCUAAGAGGGGUUGGUGUUGAUUUUUUAUUUUAUUUUUCUCCUUUUGUAAUUUUAUGAUUUAUUAUAAUUUCCCUUUUUUUGGAAAUUAUUUUUGGGUGGGGGGCCAAGAUGGCAGAUGGGUGUUUGGAAACCCAGAAAGGAAAGGUUGUCUGGUUUUGGGGUGUCUAUUUGUGGUCUGAUUGUUGUAUUUUUUUCUUUUUUCUUCUCGUGUUACAAUGUUGCAUUCCUCUUAUUUUAUCUUUUGAACAAAUGUAAAAACGAAAAAAAAUUGGGAGAUAGCAUAAAAUUAAAAUUAUGCUUUUAAGGA